AUGUCGUUCACAAACGCGGUGUCACUGCUGCUCUGCUUUCUCAGCAUCGUUGAAAUCCCUGGUCAAGGAAUUGGUAACUUUGACUUCGGACAAGGACUGAUCUUAUCGGACCAUGGGGACAUCGGGGGUGUCCAUUUCACUGACGGUUUAUUAGGAGGGGCAGACAUGCUACCCCAGAGGAACGUCAUGAUUCGAUCCAGUAGUAACGCAUACACUAGUCCGGCGGGUAGAAUCAUGUUGUCCGCACCCCGACCAACCACAAGGACAAUCAGAGUAUCAAGGACACCCACAAGGUCGUAUCCGGAAAGUGCUGGAAGGACAAGGAGGAUUGAAUAUUCUGGGAAUUCCCGAGAUGGUGUUGGUGGCCUAGACCUCCCUGGACUUCUCCAAAGAAUGAGGUCACUUCCGGGACAGAGAAGCUUCAGCUGGACCAUCCGGAGACUGCCUCAGAGAACCACUCAACGGAGGCAACAGGUUCGCCGACAAAGAAUCCCGGAUGUAUUUCAAUCAUUUGGAAGUCAGUUUGGAUUAAAUGGAAUGGACAUCAUCAACCAAAAUCAGAGAAGUACUAUUCAACCCAGAGUUAACAGUGGCCGCAGUGUCAUUCCUGCCUUGCCGCCGACUUCCGGUACGGGAGGAGCCUCGUCCAAAUAUGGUUUGACGCAAGGACACAUCCAACAACUGCUCACCGCCCACAACCAGGCGCGACUGGAACUUCAAGCUGCCGACAUGCACCUCAUGCGGUGGGACAAGCAGCUUGCGAGUGAGGCACACUCGUGGAUACAACGCUGUGUGAUGGAGCACCGGGGUGCGGGGGGGGAGAACCUCGCUAUGGUCGGAGGGUCUCUCAUGAACAUCGACAGCCUCGUCGAAUACGGCAUCAACGGCUGGUACAAUGAGAAACACAGCUGGCAGUACGGGGAUGAAUUCUCGCCUGCUACCGGCCAUUACACACAGAUGAUCUGGUCCACCACCACGAACGUGGGAUGUGCCGCCAAACGCUGUCCCGAUAUGUACCUCCUCGCCUGCUUCUACUCUCCGCCGGGCAACGUCAUGGGCUUCAACCCUUACACCAAAGGCCAGCCGUGCACCAAGUGUCGAGGUGGCUGUCAGAGCAACCUAUGUGUUUGAGCUCCCAUCAACAUCGCUGCUACUGACGUUAGCAUGGAUCUCAAACGACAUAAUAUAUCACAACGCUGAUUCAUGGCACCGACAGGGCCACAGGCGCCUCGCAAACAUCUGACUGGACAGCCCGCCUCAAGCUCUCACGGUUACCUUUACGGCAACGCCCAUAUGAACCGAUCUAUUCGGCUCAAUAAAUAUAUUGAAUGCCCUGUAUAUUGUCAUGUUUCCAUUUUCGGUGUUUGGGUAUUUCUUAAAACAUGUUCCAGUAAUUACGGGCAAAAAUAGUUUUUAUAACAUUAAUUAUUCGCUGGACACCGGUAUUCCUUUCAAAACACGUUCCAGAAAUGACGGACAAAAUAAUUUUGCCACCUUUUUCAAAACAUAAAUCUUGUUGGACAUUCAGAAUGUCCGUUUUCAAGGCAAUGGUGAUCAGAUCUGUAAGGUACUACACAAAACAAAACGUAUCUUAUUAA